AUGGCGACCGUCUGACAACAAUCGUAGAGAAUAGUAUGUGAUCAAAAAUUAAUCUUUCUGAACUCAUUUUAAUAGAGUUUUGUUUAAAUUUGUUAUAACUCAGCUUAAAUAUGAGUUCAAUGGAUGAGAGAAAGAUUUGGAAGCACUGGGCUUACCUGAAGAACGAACUACCCGCCGAUGAAAUCGUGGACGGAAUGGUCGAGGCUGGCAUUUUUGCGCCUACGCAAGGGAGAGAUAUUCUUAGUGUUCAGCCAAACACACGGCAAAUGAAAGCUGAAAAGUUUCUGAAUAACUUGAUUAAUGCUGGAGAUAAAGGUUUCGAGACGUUUUGUAACAUUCUGCGACGGGACAAUGAGAACCGUUACAAAGCCAUCAUGGAAAAGCUAGAGAUAGGCGAGAAUGCUGGAGGAUGUUCUGGGGGAGCCGCUGCCUCUAACCUCAUCAAUGUACGGCCUACAAGUACAGCUGCUCCCGUUGACAACACGAGGCCGGACUCGGGCAGGUCGGGGUCUCAGAGGCCUAUCUCAAGCAUGUCUUCCUCUAGUGCCAGUACAGAUAUCAGUAUGCCAAGCAGAGAUGGUGAAACAGGAGAAAAGAACCAACGAAGGGGUAAAUCGGCCGCGCGUCGUGCAUGGAGGUCCGAAUCCUCUGCCAGCGAAUCAUUUCCACCGACUAAUCAAGUUCCACCAAACAAUGCAGUCGCUCCAUACGGAGGGCUAGCUCGGGCACCAAGCACAGGAGAGGCAAUCAUCACACAAUCAAGAAAUUCUGAUUAUGAGGAACGCUCAAAUAUGGCAGCUCCCGGGGGUCAUCCCUCUGGUGCUUCGGGUUCGGAUAAUUCCCAGGCAACAGCACCGGAAACACCCGGUGUCGACAUGAAAGCGCUGGAGCAGGAAUUGGUGCGCAUCGCACCAACGAUUGCAGAACUCUUCCAGAAGUUUGCAAUGACAACAUGCAAGGACCCCGUGAGCGAAGAGGAAAUUCAGAACGUCAAGGCAGAAAACGAGCGUCUGCGAAAAACUAACCGUGCACUCAUUGACAAACUGAACUCAUUCCAACACAGGAUCAUACAGCUCCAAUUGGAAAACAAAAAGCUAAGAGAAGAGGGAGAGGGUGUGAUGGAAGCUAAAGACGAGCUAGACAGGAAAGAGUUUGAACUAAAAGAUCUGGAAAAGAGACUUGAAGAACAGAAACAGGCACUGGAAGAGAAGGAAUUGGAACUCAACAACCAGCUGAUGAAAAUUCAGGACAUCGAAAAUGACAUCGCCAGGCAAAAGGAACAAAUUAAAAAGUUGGAGACGCUUCAUGAGGAGGGGCAACUAGACAAUGAACGCCAACAAGAGGAAAUUCUAAUACUUAGGGAGGACAAGAAAAAACAACAGCAACAGAUACUGAAGCUGGAAUUCAAACAGAGGGUGGGAGAGGAACGCCUCCAGAGCCUAGACUCCAGGAUGAGACAGCUAGAACAACCGAAACGAAACUUCAGGAGAAGCGAUCCUUCCAAGAUAAAGCCAAGACGGCCCCUAGGGAUGUUUUAUAACUGAGGAAUCUUUGUCGAUAAUGAUAUUAAGAUUGAAUGAAGUGAACAAAACGAAACAAAAUUGGAAACAACUGUACAAAGUAACUAUAUUGUGCAGUUACCGUGAAAAAGUAACCAUCUACCUAGAUCUACAGGUAGGAAAAGAAACAAAGUACUGCAAGAAUAUUGAACUGACGCGCAAGGAAAAGAAACGUAUAUCAGUCCUGUCUUAAAUCAAAUACAGACUACUUGAUAUAUCAUGUUCAUAUUGAAAUUAAUGUUGUAACACUAGGAGGAUAUGCUGAUCAACCGUGUAUAAUGAGGUGAAAAGACGAAACAAGAAGCUCCCUGAACCAUUGUUUAUCAAACAUGUAUGAAAGGAGAAAUGUCUAUAACAGUUAAGAUCUGAUAUUGUUAUGAUUUUCACUGUGGAACAAAAUGUACAGUUCUUCUAAAUGUUAAGAUAUAUGAAUGUUUGCUUUAAGUAUUAUAAGCUUAUCCAUUUUUUAUGUCUUAUUUGCGUAUUUUAGACAAUAAGAAUUUCUUUAAAAGAAAAUCCAAAUGUUAAGCCCCAGAUUCAUUUAAUAAUAAUUUAUUGUAUUAAGGCACUUAACAGUAGUGCAUUCACUGAGCGAGCGUUUAUGUGGAAACCGAGGUAUCAUAAUCAAUCAAACGAAAUAUAGAUUCAUUUCAUUAAACAAACGAUAAUCUUUUAUAUCAUAUUAGAAUGUGUUUCAUUAGUGUCAACAAUGACGCCUCGACAAUCUCGCCAACCAUGUCUCCAGGCCUAGGGAACGUGUCUAUGCUGUGGCACGACUGGAUUAGCAACGUAUUUAUGUAUAGAAAAAGAAUAAGCUUUUACCUGAAAGAAUGAACGGAGAGUGGGGAAACCCAAACUAGUGGUGGCUGAAUAACAAAGGCUCGUUUUUAUGAUGUUUCAAUUGUAUAUUUAAUUUACUCCAAGUUAGAGCAUUUUCUGUAUAGAGCGCAUACAUGUUAAAUCUUAUAUUAAUCUUUAUCGUUACUAACGCCUUCUAUAAUUUGUAAAAAGCUCAGGCGAUCUUAGUAAGUAGAUCCCCACUCGUUAUCUGUGUCUACGUUAUACCUAGUGUAUUAGGUUGAGAUGACUAUGGGGCCUGAAAUGAGAGUGAAUAUCACCACAUGUUACCAUUGUUUACGUUAAACCUAGUGUUUUAAGGUUGAGAUGAAUAUGGAGUCUUAAAUGAGAGUAAAUAUAUCCACCCGUAACCAUUGUCUACGUUAUACCUAGUGUAUUAGGUUGAGAUGACUUUGGGGUUUAAAAUGAGAGUGAAUAUCACCACUCGUGACCCGUGUCUACGUUAUACCUAGUGUAUUAGGCUGAGAUGUCUUUGGGGUUUAAAAUGAGAGUGAAUAUCACCACUCGUUCCCCGUGUCUACGUUAUACCUAGUGUAUUAGGCUGAGAUGUCUUUGGGGUUUAAAAUGAGAGUGAAUAUCACCCCUCGUUACCCGUGUCUACGUUAUACCUAGUGUAUCAGGUUGAGAUGUAUUUGGGGUUUAAAAUGAGAGUGAAUAUCACCACUCGUGACCCGUGUCUACGUUAUACCUAGUGUAUUAGGUUGAGAUGACUUUGGGGUUUAAAAUGAGAGUGAAUAUCACCACUCGUUACCCGUGACUACGUUAUACCAAGUGUAUUAGGUUGAGAUGUCUCUGGGGUUUUAAAUGAGAGGGAAUAUCACCACUCGUUACCCGUGUCUACGUUAUACCUAGUGUAUCAGGUUGAGAUGACUCUGGGGUCUGAAAUGAGAGUGAAUAUCACCACAUGUUACCAUUGUUUACGUUAAACCUAGUGUUUUAAGGUUGAGAUGAAUAUGGAGUCUUAAAUGAGAGUAAAUAUAUCCACCCGUAACCAUUGUCUACGUUAUACCUAGUGUAUUAGGUUGAGAUGACUUUGGGGUUUAAAAUGAGAGUGAAUAUCACCACUCGUUACCCGUGUCUACGUUAUACCAAGUGUAUUAGGUUGAGAUGACUCUGGGGUCUGAAAUGAGAGUGAAUAUCACCACAUGUUACCCUUGUUUACGUUUAACCUAGUGUUUUAAGGCUGAGAUGACUCUGGGGUCUGAAAUGAGAGUGAAUACCACUCGUGGCCCUCGUCUCCCUUAACAUAGAGUAGCUUGUUUGAGAUGAGAUGACAAGAGGAAUGAUCUAGUUAUCGAGACCACCACUCGUUAACCUUGUCUACGUUAUACCCUGUGUAGCUUAUUUGACCUUCACUCUACAACUUAUGUAUGUGAACGUGCUCAGGUUGUUUGAAACGUGACAACGACCCAUUCAUAUAUUUAUAUCAUGUACCUAUUCCCCUGACCGAAAUGUUUCAUUUACCGAAUUUUCUUUUACAAUGUAUGUUUAUUUGUUUGCAUGCGAUCUAGUUUUGAAUGUUUUGUAUUUUAACAGUUUUUAAGAUAUAUCAAAACAAUUGAUGAUUGCCUUCCUAUAUGGAAAUGUUAUAACCCUAGCACAGUUUUAGGUGUCCUGUUAAACGUGCCGACGGUACGACUCUACAGUCCAACUACCGCAUUGUCUUUGUAUAUGUCAGCGUGUUUUAUGUAAGUUCAUCAGACCAUUUCUUUGCUUGUUACAUUUAUAAGCUAUGUUGUAUCUACCUAUCAAGCUGCGAUUGAGUUCGAGCAUGUAAAGUUAAUAAGAAUAAAACAAAAGA